CGUACAAGUAUGUGUAUAUAAGCUCAUUUUCCGUGUGGUGAAGUGGGUAAAGAAAUUCGAUGUCUAUUUUUAGCGCGCUGAUGAUUUGGCGGAAAUAUUGCGGGAUCUUUUCCUCCCACUUGAAGCGGCGUCGAUUGUUGCUCUCGAAAUCGGUUUUUGUUUAUUUUUUUGAAGUAUGUUUAUGUAGGUUGAGUAGAUGAGUGGAUAGGUUAUUGGCUGAUUUCUCUAUAAUUUUCUAUGAGGUUUAGAAUCGUUGAAUUUUAUUUAGUUGGGGAAAUUAUCCUAAAAAAGAAAUAAUACUCUCGAAAAUGAACACUUUAAACGAAAUGAAGAGAGAAAUGAGAAAGUAACGUAACAUAACAGAGGGCCCGUUCCGCAUUAGGAUAAUAGUAACCCACACAUGAACUUCCCUCCAACGACUUGUUUUCCUUAUGGCGCGCCAGUGUACUUCCAGACGUGCCUUUGAGAGAAACUGGACAGUCAGACUUUGUAGGUUUACGGGCGGAAUAACACAGAAUUAUGGAAACUCACGCUCAUGCUGAGUAAAUAAGUUGUCAAGUAAACAUUUCUUAUGAAGGAAGCUAUAAAAUCUGUAUUAUGUUUUCGGUCAUGUUAAAAAGAAAAGCCAAGCUAUCGAUAGUCAUUCUCUCUUUCGUUUUAUAUUUCUGCAAUCAGAGCUUGAUGCCAAGUUACAAAAUCUCGUUCAACGUGAGUAGGUCUCCACUCGUUGGGAGUGCAUGGGAUCCUGGUGAAUUAUCUAAUAAGGAAGAAGGUCAUUGUCGAGCUUUGUUCAAAAUAUCAGGUGUUUAUCGCGCGAAAAACAACCAUCGUUCAGACACAAGAAGUUCGAAGAAUGUUCCUGCUUGGUACACGGACAGUGAAUUCGUGAAGAUGGCUAGACGUCGAGUGAGGACCUUUCUGGAAGACAUAUCGAGGCGUCCUGAAGGGCCGUCGACACAAGACUACAGAUCCUUAGGAAGUGUUCUACCCCGUCUCCUUUACUACCGUCAUGAGAAGGCAGAGUCCUCUCCCCAUCGUGACAACCUGGCAUCGAGGCUGUCAAAAUCCGACGAAGUAGUGCCUGUCAGUCGAAUGAAACGACCUCUUGCCAAUCAAAAGGACACAGAAAAGAUUUUCGUCAUGGACAGGUUUCAGACUACUGACGGUGACCUCCCUUUCGUCCCCUGCCGCGUCAGAAGAUAUGCGAGGACUGACAUCGAUGCCUGUUUUAAGAAACGACUCGAAAAGAAAAAUCAGUUUUCGAUGUUCUUCCUCGGCGAUUCGAAGAUACGGAAUAUGGUGAUAGAAUUCUUAAAUAUGACGAGCUACUUCGACUAUACUGUCUCUCGUAAGAACGAGUCGUGGCCGUGGACAGUUUACCGGACAAUGCUGGAGGACGAACACAUUCGCUAUUCUGAUUUCGAAGCAACUACGGCGUCUCAUCCUGGCUUGCGGUUCAUCUUCAAAUUCCGACGUUUCUGGGAAUGGCGAGAUAUGGAUGCUUCGGACGAGGUAAAGAUCCUGACGGAGUGGGCGGAGGGAAGCCAGCCCGUGCCCGAUCUGCUGGUUACAGGAUACACCUCGUGGAUGCUCUACACGAUCCCAUACCGCUUGAAAAAUGACCCCAACUUCCCGCUAGACGUGCUGGACCUCCUCAUGAGGGUGCAUGAGGUGGUUGUACCGCUCCUGCAGAAGGUUGCCGACAGAACCCGAGUCCUGGUUCACGCGGACCCCCGACUGCGACCCCACAGCCAUGCCAAGAUUCCUCGACAUCGUUUGGCCAUGAACGCUAUUUUUCAAGACUUUUUGGAAGACUGGAGUGAGAUGAUGUUCAGGUUCUUCGAGAAGUUUGGAAGGACUCGUACGGCCAAGAGAAGGAGGCUCACGACUCGCAUCAUGCCCUUAGGAGGAGGUCUUGAGCAUAGUGUCCACGUGGUCGAGGAAAUUACGAAUGUAGAUCGGCCAUACGCGGGUUUCGACGACGAGCGUUUAAGGGCCGAAGCAAGUUCAGGUAGAGACUACCUCAUCCCGGAUAGUAAAGGCCUUUGGUGGUGGGACACGUCUCUCCCCCUCAACAUGGCGACAAUUGCAGAGUGCAACGAGCUCCACAAACUUAACAUGACGCAACUUCCACUGUAUAGUAAUCAUGUCUUGCGGUGCGAGGAUCACCACCACUCGGGGACUGCGACGUUGAACUUUGAGGCUCACAUGCUCCUUAACCUCAUCUGUAAUACACACUUGGCUGUUAAUCCCUAUUUCUGCUGUUCAUGAUAUAUAUAGACUUAAUAUGGGUGUUUUUGAACGUGAAUAAAUUUUUUGAUUAUUA